AUGAGCACGGACGCUGAGAGGCAGCCACUGCUUCCUAAGAGUGAUCAUCCAGACGAUAUCUGCAAAGACGUUCGUGACAAUGUCACUGUCAUUGAUUUUCACGCGGACGACCCCGAAAACCCUUUGCAAUGGUCUGCAACAUUCAAAUGGGCAAUCGUUGAUCUGCUGGCUUUCAUGGCCUUCACAGUCACAUUCACCUGUAUCUCCGUCGUCCCAAUAGCGAACCGCAUCGUUCGAGACCUCAGCCAUAACGACCGUCCAAACAAGUCCGCGAGUGUUCUCCUCGUCACGAUUUGGGAGCUCGGAGAGGCUGCAGGACCUCUCUUUAUUGGUCCUCUAUCCGAGAUGUUCGGUCGACGCCGAGUCUUGAAUGUGGCUACCAUGCUUUUCGUAGCGUUCACCGUCCUCGCUGCAUCCUGUCAAAGCACGAACUUGUUCAUCGCCGCCAGAUUGUUGACUGGUGCUGCUGUGGCAUCCAACGUACUCAACCCUGCCAUAGUCGGAGACAUUUUCCCGCCUGAGCAAAGAGGAUCAGCCAUGAGCAUGAUCAUGAUCGCUCCCAUGAUUGGUGGUGCGGUCGGGCCAGCGAUGGCUGGCGCUAUUGCUAACAGUAUAGGAUGGCGACAGGUCCUCUGGAUCGCGGCGGUCCUUGCUCUGGCCUGUGAGAUCGCGUUUUUGUGUUAUUUUCGUGAAACCUACAAGGUUACUAUCCUUAGACGAAGGGUGUCGAAGAUACAGCAUGAAAAUAGGUUGUCUAGUAUAAAGACCGCGUACGAUAACGAUCAAAAUUUCGAACGGGGCUUUUGGGCGUCCAUCGCACGCCCUUUUCGCGUCUUUUACAGCUCGGUAGUUCUGCAAGGACUCUCUUUGUUCGGUGGAAUGACUUUCACCUACUAUUAUGUCAUGGCGACAACACUGCCAGAUGUUCUGGAGGGUGUGUACGGACUUUCACCUGCUCUUACUGGAUCAUGCUUCAUCUGCUUCAGCAUCGGCUCUACUAUCGCCGUCCUCGUUUGCAACAGAGUUCUCGACAGAAUAUAUGUUCGUCUUCGAGAUGCAAACAAAGGUAUUGAUCGUCCUGAAUAUCGACUUCCACUCGCCAUACUGGGAGCAUUCACAUUGCCAGCCACCAUUGCAGCGUAUGGGUUGGUUGCUGAGAAGCAUCUUCCUUUGCCUGUGUUGUUGGUUGCGAUAGGCUUGAUUGGCGUUUCGCUUAUGCUUGGCUUUCUUCCCAUUCUGUCCUAUGUGGUUGAUGCUCUCGGGUCAUACUCUGCAUCAGGCAUGACAGCAGUCAUUGUGGCGAGAUGUUUGAUGGGAACAUUUUUUCCACUUGCAGCGACUCCCCUGACAGCUAAAUUGGGCUAUGGAUGGGGGUUUGCAGUACUCGGAGCGGUCAGUCUCGCCCUUGCGCCCAUACCCAUUUUGAUCUACAAAUUUGGGCAUACAUGGAGAGCAAGGUCGGCAUAUACAAGCUCGAGCUAG